UGACCGUAGGUUUUUUCUUUUUGUUUACUGUUGGCAAAAAAGCCAUGGGAAUUAUCUUAUGUUGUACCCUUCAAUAAUAUCUGUCAGCUUAACAUUUUGUUGUUUUUUACCCCCACAAAAUGAAUAUUUCCCAUUGUUCCCAACCUCAAUCUAGAAUCUAGAGUCUAGUCUAGUCUAGUCUAGAUCUAGUUGUUUACUUUCAAUUUCACAUUCAGUUUCGGUUUCAUAGCCAAGUUUUCACUUCUCUUCUUCGUCACUUAGAUUCUAGAAUCUAGAUCUAGAUUUUUUAGAUCUACUUCUUUACUUUGUCAAGUAAAGUCAGACCUCGACAGACACUGAACGACAGCACCCGUGAAAUUCGAGAAGCCGUCGGCCUACCUAGCCUGAUAUUCAAUCGUCAACAACUCUCAGCUGCAGUUAGACCGAGACAGCUUUCACGACUUUGAGGUGCAUGUUGAGGGAGAAACGUUUAGAUGUCAUCGCUUUAUCCUGAGCUCCUGCUCUCAUUUUUUUCGCGGCCUCUUCAACUCAGGAAUGAAAGAAAGUGAAACUGACAGCGUGGUUAUCGAAGAAAUAUCAAGCGAGACCUUCAGAGAUGUGUACGAGUUCAUAUACUCUGGUCGGAAUGUGGUGAACAGUGAGAAUGUGAGCCGUUUAUGUUUCGCCGCCAGUCAUCUCCUGAUAGAUGUGCUCAUACAAGAAUGUGAGUUGUACCUGCAGAAAAAUCUCACCCAACACAGAUGUGUGGAAGUAUUUAACCUUGCUAAAGUCCUCAACUCACAGAAAUUGUCUAGUUUAUCGUUUGAGAUGAUGAGAAAGAGGUUUAAUUUCAUUAGACGCACAGAAGAUUUUCUGUCCCUGGAUGAAUGUGACGUGAAACAACUGGUGGCAUGUGAGGAUUUGCCCAUCGACUCGGAAGACGAGGUUCUUGAAGCACUGCAGAGAUGGUGCUUGGUGGACUCUGAGAAAGACUGUCGACUGCAAGCCCUCAGUAACCUGUUACUAUCCGCAAGAACAUGUCUGGCCAGCAGUUCAUGCCUUCAAAAUCUACUGGACUUUGAUGUGGUUCGGAGUAACAAGGAAGUGACCAGAACUCUUCAGGAGGCUUUAAACUAUCACACACUUCCAGGUAGCCGCCAUAAUUACCUCCCGGCACAAGCCGUGCACAGAGAGGAAAGUACACAGCAGAAUGUACUGGUCGUUGUCGAACCUGGCUCAAAAGAAGAUGAAGAAGCAGAAAAAGCAGAAGAAGAAAAAGAAGAAAAAUCCCGUGUAUGUCAAGUUGUUGCUUUUGGAGAUUUUAUGUUUGGCCUGAACACAAACCACGCAGCCUUUUUGUAUGACUUGAAGACGGGGCAGUCUCAGUCACUACCCUCACUUGUCAAACCAGGGGGUGAUUACAAAUUGGUCUCGCAUGGUUUGUAUAUCUACGCUAUUGGGGGUGAUGAGUACGACAAUAUCGAACGAUUCCCUGCUCAAGAACACAUCGUCAACCCUGGAUCGGCCGAGUGGGAGCAAAUCGGCAACUUGGUGCAACCAGUGAGGAACACAGCGGUGAUGGUGGUCAACAACAGCAUCGUCGUCUUUGGUAAUGACAUGAGUUCAGAGCAGGCCACUGUGGUGCAGCGCUUCAAUCUUUUGACCAUGCGCUGUAGUCAGUUUCUGGACGAGAUGCCUGGCCAUGCCGAGUCGGCCGUAUGUCUGAGAGACAGAGACAACCACUUCCUGUUGCAACAGGAUGGCUCUCUAUGGCGUCUUGUGGCAUGCAAUGACUCGAAUCUGCAG